UACAUUGUGCUGCGGCGCUUCUUUACACGACAUCCAGACAUGCAAACUCACAUUCUAGUGCUACUUCUAACAGGGGUUACUGUGCUGAACUCCUCAAAACAGAAUGGAAAUAAUUUGGGACGCAUAUCAGAAGGAAGGUUCCAACAGAAAUCAUCUAAACUCAUUAGAACUGCAAGAUCGGACUUGAAGAGAAAAAGAAUCAAGCCAACUAUGUUAAGUCGUCAAAAACGUGAUUGGGUUCUUGCUACUUUUAGUGUCACUGAAGAAGAUGAAGGACCUUUUCCUAAAUUCAUUGCAAAGCUUUAUAAUGACAAUUCAAUAAAUAAUGAAUUGAAGUAUCGAAUUAUGGGCUCUGGCAUUGAUCAAGAUCCAGAACAAGGCCUGUUUGUAGUAAACCAAACUACUGGAGAUUUAUUCGUUACUCGCAAAGUUGAUCGGGAAAAACAUCCCCAAUUUAAGAUGACAGUUUUUGCUUUGAGAAGUCAUGACUCCUUUAAUUUAGACCGUUUACAGAGUUAUUAUAUCUCGGUGAAAGAUAUCAAUGACAAUCCUCCAGAAUUCCCCAAAAUAGUGGAGAAUAUAACGAUUCCUGAAGUCCUUGGUAAAGGUCAAAUCGCUUACAGAAUUCAAGCUGUUGAUAAGGAUGAGAAAAAUAACCGUAACUCCAAGGUUUCAUACACUUUGAUUUCUCAAACUCAAAUCAGUAGUCCUAAGAUGUUUGCAAUGAUUCAAGAUAGUGGAGAAAUUACACUUCAAGGUUGUUUGGAUUAUCAGAAGUUGAAGUUUUACAGUUUAGUCAUCAGAGCAAGAGACGAUGGCUAUCCUAAACCACUAUCCUCCACAACCACAAUACAUUUCAAUAUUAAAGAUGGCAACAAUCAUCCUCCUGUUUUUGACAGUCAAAGUGCCUCAGGUAGUGCGCAUGAAAGUGACGUUAAUUCAGUUAUACUAAGAGUAAAGGUUACAGAUGAAGAUCUUCCCAAUACGCCAGCCUGGCGAGCAAAGUAUACAAUAACAGAAGGAAAUGAACACGGAAACUUCAAGAUUGAGACAGAUGCAGAAACGAAUGAUGGCAUUGUAACUCUAAUAAAGCAAAUGGAUUACGAGGGCGGUCCACAGAGGAAACUCAAGAUUGUUGUUGAAAAUGAAGAACCGUUAUUUAUCUGCGGGGACGAUAAUGACAAAAACAGCAAGAUCGAAUCAGAAAGCAAAACUGCAAUUAUUGAAGUGGUGGAUGAAAAUGAUGCCCCUAUUUUUAAUGUUACUAAUAUACUAAUCAAACGGAUAGAAGGUCUUCAGCCUGGAGAGAAGCUGGGGACAAUCAGUGCUUAUGAUCCGGAUGCAUUUUAUAAAAAUAAAAUCAGAUACGUGAAGGCAUUUGACCCAGAAAAAUUAGUGUCUGUAAAUGAAGUGACUGGUGAGGUCGAAACAGUCAAAGAGAUGGAUCGAGAGUCACCUUUUGUGAAUGGAACUAGUUAUAAUAUUAUUAUUCAUGCGAUUGACGAUGCUGACCCUCCCCUCACUGGAACUGCUACAAUCCAUUUGGACAUAAAAGAUGAGAAUGACAACACACCAUAUUUAGUCUCCCCAGAACAAUAUGUGUGUAUUGAUAGUAAUUCGCCAUAUAUAGACAUCAAAGCAGCAGAUGAUGACAUGGAUCCAUUUAGUGGACCCUUUACAUUUGAGCUCGUGGAUAACAAAGAACCUGGAAUCGAGAAAUGGAAAUUAGGUGAAGUAAAAGAUGAUUCUGUACAGCUUCUGAGAGAAGGAGAAUUGGCACUUGGAUAUUACGAUGUGCUUUUCAUCAUAAAAGAUCGGCAGGGUGUCUCCAAAGAGAGUACAUUCAAACUACGAGUGUGCCACUGUAAUCCUGAGAACAAAUGCAAAAGUUUAAGUGACACUAGAUCCAUCGGAGCUGGCAUCCUCAUUGCAAUGCUCUUUGUUGCUUUGUUAUUAUUUCUGCUUAUUUCAUGUUUGUUGCUAUUGUGUCAGUUCAAUGUAAAGAGCAAUUCAAAUGCAAUUGAUUAUGAUGCACCUUUCGGGACACUGAUAAAGUAUAAUGAAGAAGGAGGAGGUGCAUCAUCCGAGGCCAGCACAAUUCACAACAGACCAACAAACAUACAGAUGCUAAACACUGGAUUGCAACCUUCAGGCACAUAUCGAUUGAAAACUGAAAAUAUUUUGCCACAAAAACAAUUAUUUCAGGCUUCAGUACAAAGAAUGGCCCGAAGCCAUACCUUAUCUGGCUACGCCUUGAGAACUCAGGACAGCUUGAGACAUUUGGGAACACUACGUUUCAAUGGUUCAAAGAAGCAUUCAUCUCUCGACAGACGCAUUCCAACAUGUGGGAGCGACCUGGAUCAACACUUAAAUCAGAGAAUUUACUUUCAUAAUGACUUGGACGCAGUUCGUGAAGAUUAUGGCCCCCGUACUUACAUUUACGAAGGGAGAGACGACAGUUUAAUCUCUCUGGACUCUUUGACCCACACUGAACAAAGUGGUAACUACACCUACCUGUCUCAACUGGGGUCGAAGUUUAACAAUCUUGCUAAUGCCUGUCAACUGAAUGAUCAGUGGUGAAAAGGAAUGCUAUACGAUGACCUUGCUACCAAAUUGUUAUAUAAUUAUUAUCUACUUUUACACUGUUAAUGAGGUAAAUCCAUGCAUUUAGAAACUACGUAUUACUAUAUCUAUUUUCCCAUACCUCUAAAUUCACAAAAUAUUGUCCAUCAUUUUUUAAACCGUAAGUGUCGAGCUUUAAGAAGCAUGCUGAAUAUUUCAUUCUUAUUUCACAGAGUAAUAGGUUUCUAACGGAUUUUUUUGCACCAUAAUCUACAUUUGUCUAUGAAAUAUAGUCACUGCACUUCACAGUGUAUCCUACAAAGUGUUUUGAGAUGUCCUCCCGGUGUGAAAGAUGCCAUGCAAAAUGAAAGGAUUACUUUUAUUAUUGUUGCUUUGAAUCACAAUAAUAACAAUUAAGGCAUCCCUUACCCUGGAAAAGAGAAGAUUGGGAGGCGACAUGAUUGCGGUCUUUAAGAUUCUAAAAGGGGUUAGAUGAUAUAGAUCACGCUAGGCAGUUUCUAACUUGUCCAGAAUAGUAAAACCAGAGGACACGGACUGCGAUUGAAGGGGGCUAAAUUCAGAAUGAAUCUACACAAACACUAUUUCAGUGAGCGAAUAGUGAACCUGUGGAACAGGCUCCCUAGCGAGACGGUUGAAGCAGGAAAUGCUGAUUCUUUCAAACACAGAUUAGUGUGGUUUGAGACAGAUUAGUAUGAUUAUCUUUUAGGAAAUAACAUUAUGGGAUAAAGCACAUGGGUAGUUCAGGACAUAUGUGCAUGCAACUGCCAGGAAGACGAACCAGAUAAACCUUGGUCUUUUUUCAUCUAGCAUUUCUUAUGUUCUUAUAAGGCAUUUUGACUUACCAUGCUUUUUUUUUCAUUUUUGAUUUAAACUUUGGGUAAACUAAAUGUGUACGUGGAAAUUGUUAUGAAAUACUGCUCUAUAAGAGUCUACAGAAAACUAGUCAAUGCAAUCUGUGAAAUUAACUGAGUUCUUAUGGAAUAUACAGGGAUAUUGUAUAUUAGUACCAAGAUACAUUUUGUUUCAUUGGUGUUGGGUUUGAUGUAUUAGUACCUUUGAAGGGAAAUUUACCAAAUGUUUUCAGUUGCGGGUAGGGGUUUCAAUAGAUUGGAAUUGUGUUUAAUAUCACAAUUAUUAAAACCUCUUACUGUUACAGGUCAGAAGGUUAUGGGUUAUGGUUAUGUUCCCCAUGUUGGAACUUUGCGUUCACACCCAGGGCUGACAAUUGAGUGCAGAACUGGGACAGUGCUGGGUUAUUGGAGGUGCUAGGGUGUCAGCCUGGCUCAGUUGGUAACACUUCUACCUUAGUCAGUAUUUGUGGAUUCAAGGCACACAUCAGGGUCUUGAACUCAGCUAAAGAUGACACUCCAAUGCAGUGCAGAAGAUGUGCUGCAUUGUUGGAAGUGCUGUCCUUCGAUUAGAUGCUUGUUUUAGGUGAACGUUAAAGAUCCCAUGGAACUUUUGUCAAAAAACAAGGUAAUUUUUCUAAUGUCUGCAAAAUAAAAUUGUUCACUUACUUGA